AUGUCAGCACCGCCAGCGCCUCUCCCACCGCUGCUGCACCCUCAACAAGCUGCAUCACCCACACCCUCUCGUGGAGAUGGCAUUCCCGUCGAGGUGGAGGAUGCGUUGAGGGCGUGGGGCGCGCAGACGAUCCAAGAUGCUACGAUGCUGUUGGAUCUGCCGCAAGUGGCCGCUGCUACUGCCUGCACCCUCUUUCAGAGAUUCUGGUUCGUCAGCAGCAUGCGUGACUUUUCCGUCAUUGUGAGUGCAUGCGCAGUACUCGAGAGGCACUUCGCGUAAUUCACAAGCGCAGCGGAAAUGUUGAGGAUUGCGCAUCGUGCUCUGACACGAGCGUCGCUCUCUACACGCAGGAUCUUGCUCCUGCUGCUUUAUUUUUGGCUUCGAAACUCGUUGAAGCAUCUUUGCGGCUGCGAGACCUGCUCAACGUGUUCGAGUACCUCAUCAAGCGCGCAGAGCACUACUCGGAGCAUUGCGGCGAGCGAGGUUUAUGGUUCUACAAGGGCCCAACCACCGCGACAGAACCAGCAAGCACCACUGGCCAUGCUAGUAAGAAUGGUAGUGACGAGGUUGGCCCGCCGUCGUAUCAACACAAAGUGUCGAUGUACUUUGCUCAGAGCUUCUACGACGCCAAAGACGCACUGGUGGUGGGAGAGAUGCAGAUCUUGAAACGACUUGGGUUCAACACGAACGUCGUGCCGCCUCAUGCCACCAUGGUCAACUAUGCUCAGAUGCUGGGCAUCACACAGCAGAACGAGCUAAUGCAGAGAGCCUGGGGCACGCUCAAUGACAUGUGAGGGAGGCUGUGUUUGAUAAAAGUAGAGCUCAUCCUGACUGGAAUCUUCUUUGCUCCGACUGUGCCCUCUUUAGGUUCCAGACAUCGCUUCCGUGCCUCUUUCCGCCACACGUGCUCGCCGCUGCAAGCAUUUACCAGCUCACGCUCACGCCCAGUGGGUCGGAAGCUACAGAAAGCACAUCAGAGAGACAAUUGCUGCUUAGCCUACCGCUUGAUCCGGCUCCUUGGUGGGAGCUGUUGGAUGUGAAGGAGUGGGAGCUUAGGGCUGUAUGCGCUCAUCUUGUGCGACUUUAUAGGAGGAUCGCCCCGCUCAUUGCGUGGAGAGAUGGAGGAGCUGUGAGAUUGGCAAGUCGCAAGGGUAUCAGACGUUGGCUGGAUGCUCGUAAUCAGACUUAG